AUGGUAGGGUUUGUUGGCCGUUUCAGGAAGCCAAAGUCGCCAAUUGUUCUCGGGUCACCACCCAGAGACGAUACAGUACCUCUUCGAGCCCCUACACCCCGGGAUAUUGUACCGGUACCCCCCGUUCUGCGAAACUUCUCCUACCCUACCAGUGUCGGAAGCAAUAUCCAGCUACCAUCCUUCCCGUCUGCACCUAGAGAGGGCCAGUCGACUUGGAAUCAGCUAGGCGAGCUUUACAGCUUUUCCCCAGACAGCGCCUCGAGAGCAGGGCAAGCUAGAACUGCUGGCCUUGAGGAUCCAUUCUUCUUCACGUCUGACCGCGCACCAUACACCCCUUUGUCAGACCAGGACGACAAACUUAGUACCAACUCUCAGAAUUCUCGGACCCUUGGGCUUGAGUCGCCAUCCCAGGAAAAACCAAAGAAGAGCACGGAGAAUUGUGAGCCGAAAGACAAGGGCCUGAAGCUUCCAAAGGAUCACUCGGUUGGGGAUCACAUCUUCACCCAGAAAUCGACUGUCGCCGCUAGAUUGAAACGCAAUUCGCUGGGUCACCACAAGACAACUUCUUCCUUUGACGCAUCCCGGUUCAUGAUCUUCCCAUCCGCCAGCCCGGAGCGUCCUGUAUCGAGUUCAGGUGUGCCCGUCGUUGACACCAAGAUCAAGCAUAUUAGCUCCAUUUCCAAAACCGAGCAAUCGUCUUUGUCGAUCCCCCAGAAGAGUGUCAGGGACUUCUCAGCAAAUCCAGACGAUCAAGCAUUCGUCUCUUCAGUCAUAGCACAUUCACUCCAGAUGGGUUCGAUUCCGCCAAGAGUGGCCUCACGUGGCCGCCUGGGAACGAAUUAUGAUACGCACGACAAUGCUAGCGAUCGAAGCCGCAAUGGCCCGGCAUCAAAUUCUGCCAAGCGCAAAGGCAAGGACGGGAAAGGCCGGUGGUUCUCACAGCUCAAAGACUGGGUCUCUGUGUCUGAGCCCUCAACCCAAGCUCUCAAAACUUACAAGAAAGAUACGUACAAGAGAGCUGGCAUUGCACUCGACGAUCCUCGGGCGAGCGCGAAGCUGCACUUGCCAGUUGGCACCUUGCCAGCAGAGGCGAUCAAGCCUGCUGGCCGUGGACCGGAUCCCGAGGUAAUUGCUCUCAAGAGAGCAGAACAACAAAAGAAAACGCGGGAGUCAUACACUGGCAUAAGUGGAACAUCCCAAGGUUCCCAGUCGAGUGGUAGUCAUUAUUCCUCUUCGAGCAGUGUGGCACUUAGCGGCGAGCGAGAAUAUGUUUAA